AUGGCCCCGUUUUUUUUGUAUGCUCACCAUACCUAUGACGCGGAGGACCCAUGGUGCGGUCUCCUCAGGAGUCGCUUGCUGACAUGUGCUUACAAGCAUGUAUUCACAUCCCCGAGUUCGGUCGACAAAGACCCAAAAGCCACGCGAUCUGGAAAUGCUCGGCUUCAUGGCAUGAACCGCGUCACCGUUGCCUCCAUAGCUUACAUUGCUACUCAGGUCCGAUUUGCCCUAAGCUCAUCCUCGGUAUUCUCACGAACCGACACAUCCACAGACUCUGAGACAUUUUACCACAGCCUCCUUGACCUUUUCGAAGACCCGGACGAAUCCAAGGAAGUCGACGAGCUACUGACAUGGUGGAAUCGCCAGGUUUUCCCUACAUCCUCUGCAGCUAAACGGCCUAUUAGCGCCAAUAGUGCCUUAUCCAAAAUCCGAAUCAAACGCCUUGCGGCCAAAAACACCUCUGAUUCAAAUGUAACUGUAGCCUCCACAUAG